AGUCAAUGAGUUCCGUCUGUUCAGCUGGCUCAACCAGCAAGAGGACAUCCAUCGCAUGGUGCUCUACCAGUGUGACUACCAGCUGACUCUUUGCUGUAAUUCUGUUACAGUUUUAUCACUGUCCUCUGUUGUCACCUUUAGGGGUCUUAUUGAGAAGGAGCUGGAGAGCAUUGCCGUCAGAGCCCAGAAAGAGUUGAUUCUCUUACACAAGGAGGAUGCAGAGACUGUCAAAAACACCACAGAGUGGUUGAACCUCAGGGGCUGGCUGUCCUCACACCACCACCUUCGCUGUCCCAAACGGGUGCUGAAAAUUACAUCUGCAGCAAAAACUCUGGAGACAUACGAGCGUGUUUUUGAAACGCAGCCAGACAGAAUGGCUGACUUCUCACGACUUGCCAGAUUUCUUACAGGCAACUCUAUUACUUUAGUCCUUGGAGGAGGUGGAGCCAGGGGACUGGCCCAUGUGGGGAUGAUCAAAGCUAUGCAAGAUGAAGGCAUCCCAAUAGAUGUCAUUGGGGGCACCAGCAUCGGUGCCUUCAUCGGGGCCCUGUGGGCUGAGGAGAGGAACUUUGUUCGGUUCAAACAGAGGGCCCGAGAAUGGUCUACGGUCAUGAACUCCUGGUGGAAGAAAAUAUGGGACCUGACCUAUCCUUUUGCCUCCAUGUUUACAGGCUCAGCAUUCAAUGAGUCUAUAGAGAAUGUCUUCCAUGACCGGCAGAUUGAGGACCUGUGGAUCCCUUACUUCUGCAUCACAACCAACAUCUCCAACUCCACCAUGAGGGUCCACUCAUCAGGUAGUCUGUGGCGUUACGUGCGUGCCAGCAUGUCCCUGGCUGGCUAUCUGCCCCCACUGUGUGACCCCGUGGAUGGCCACCUGAUCCUCGAUGGAGGUUACGUCAAUAACCUCCCAGGUACAGUUGGUCUGGAGCACUUCCAGACAGUCUUAAGUGGAAGUCUUUCUCUGUGGAUGAUAGACAAGGUACCUGACAUGACAGAGAUCCAGUCUCGGCUGGCUUAUGUGUCCUGUGUGCGGCAGCUAGAAGUGGUGAAGAACUCAGACUACUGCGAGUACAUCAGGCCACCUAUAGACAGAUAUGGUACCCUGCAGUUUGGCAGUUUUGAUGAUAUUGCAGAGACUGGCUACCACCAUGGGAAGACUCUGUUCUCUGCCUGGAACAAGGGGGGACUCCUGGAGAAGCUCUUCCAGGAGACUGAGCCUCCGUCUAAUGAAGCCCGCUACCGUGCUGAGAGAAACAUUCCAAAAAGCCAUGUCCCAGGGAUGGCUUACUUCACAGACCUGGCAGAGCAAGUCUCCAGGAUUGAGAAACCCAGGAAUAACACAUUCUACCCCUCUGAGGACGAUUCUGACGAGGAAGUUAUCUAUGAGAAUGAUGAGGACGAAGAGCUCGGCCACAUGCUAGACCGGUUGAGAGAAGAGGAAGUGUUUGCUCACACGGAUGGAGAUGACGAUGCCCGUGAAGAUGGUGCAGAAAAGUCUAGUGGCAGAAGACAGGCAGCAGCCCACAUAUGA